GGUGCCGCAAUGCUCCUAUUCUGGGCGAGGGAGGGGGGCCGUUGCCCCAGAUAUUUUUUGAUAAGGCCUUCUUUCCUGUUUCCUUUGCCCAGGAUCGCGAAAUAAUUAGUUCAUGCUCCUCCGCCGCGUCGCGCCAUCCUUUAUGUUGGUUUUUCUUUCAUUUUCCGUUUUAGUGUGCAGGUGAAAAAGAUUCCUCAACAUGAUUCUACUCAGAUAUGGCUGCUUGCUGGCUUUGCUGAUAAAUGUUGGAUGCGUGCCGCUUUUCAACUUGAACACGUGGGAACGUGAAUUGGAUGUCAACGUAUGCACAACGAGUCAAUGUCAGCAGUCGGCUGCGCUGUUGGUGAGGAGUUUGAACCAGUCUGCAGACCCUUGCGAAGACUUCUAUCAGUUUGCAUGUGGCGGUUGGGUGGCCAGUCAUGAAGUCCCCAAAACGAGGUCCCAUUGGAAUCAGUUCAACGUUGUUGACGAUAAGCUCAAUUCUCAGCUCAAAAAAAUUUUAGAAACAGAUGAUCCAAUGGAUCCUGAGCCUGUUAGAUCAGCCCAUCGGAUGUACGAAGCCUGCAUGGAUACAGAAAGGAUUGAAGCUACAGGACUGAACCCGCUGAUCAAACUAUUGGACGAGUUUGGUGGAUGGCCAAUGGCCAUGACGGACUGGGACCCUACGGAUUUUGAUUGGCUCAAAAUCACCCUGGAAUCAAUCAGACGAUGGUCAACUAUGUCGCUCUUCUAUUUCUACGUCUACGUGGAUAGGAAAAAUUCAAAUCAAAGCGUUAUCACGGUUGAUCAAGCCUCAGUAGUCCUACCCCGCUCAAUGCUCGUUGAGCCUGCACUCUACCGGACUCAAAUUGAAGCUUAUAAGCAAUGGAUUGCUGCCAACGCACUUUUAAUGAGCAGGCACACGAAACAAAACGUAUCGGUAGAGAGCGCUGUGAUCGCCGCGGACGAGGUGGUGGCGCUGGAGAUGGAGCUGGCGGCACUGACAACGCCGAGCGAGAUGCGACGGAACGCAUUCCGGAUGUACCAGCCAAUGACACUGCGGACCCUGCAGAUGUGGACGGACACGGCUUCGGACACCUUCCGGGUGGACUGGGCCCGGGUGGUAGCCCACCUCUUCGCCGAGACUGGGCUCACCUUCGACCUCGGCGAGCGGCUCAUCGUCCGCGAAAUGGACUUCCUCUUCCACCUGUUCAAGCUCCUCGAGCGCACGCCCACCCGUGUCCUCGCCAACUACCUCCACUGGCGACUCGUCAAGACCGUCAGCAGGGACCUCAACUCAGAGGUGUCGAACCUGGCGUUCGAGUUCGAGCGUGUGUUCACGGGCGCAGAGCUGGACGUGCCACGGUGGCAGGACUGCGUGGAGACGGUGACGUCAUUGAUGGGGUUCGCCGUGGGCUACAAGUACGUCAAACUCCACUUCGACAACGAGGCUAAGCGGACCGCUCUCCAGAUGGUGGGCAUCAUGGAGGCGGCCUUCCUCUCGCAGGUCGACGCUCUGACCUGGAUGGACGAGGAGACGCGCACGGCCACCCGUGAAAAACUCCUCGCCACUACUUACUUCAUUGGCUACCCCCAUUGGUACCACAACGAGUCGGCCCUCGUCGCCUUCUAUCAGGAGGUGGAGGUGAGCCGGAACCACCUGGAGAACGUGGAGUUGCUGAAGACGGUGCAGUUCCGGCAGAUGGUGCGGAACCUCCGGCGGCCGAUCGACCGUCUCGAGUGGCUCACGAGCCCGGCCAUCGUGAACGCCUACAACAACCUCCAGAUGAACUCGGUCAUCUUCCCGGCCGGGAUCCUCCAGCCGCCCUUCUUCCAGAUGGACCGCACCCAGGCCCUUAACUACGGAAGCAUCGGCGUUGUCAUCGGACAUGAGAUCAUGCACGGCUUCGACGAUAUGGGUCGGUUGAACGACAAGUAUGGGAACUUAGCCCAAUGGUGGUCAGAAGCGACGAUCCAGACGUAUUUGCAGAAGGCACAGUGCUUCGUGGAUCAGUACAACAGCUACCGGGUGCCCGAACUGGACGAUGUGCUUCACACAAAGGCGACGAUGAACGGCGUGACGACACAGGGUGAGAACAUCGCGGACAACGGGGGCCUCAGGCAAGCCUUCCUCGCGUACAAAGCCUACGUCAGCAUCCACGGGCAGGAACCCCGGCUGCCCGGACUCGAGCAGUAUUCACCCGAGCAGCUCUUUUUCAUCGCUUUCGCUACCACGUGGUGCGAGAGCAACACAAAAGAAUCCUUACUUCAAGAGAUCCUGAGUGAUCCUCACAGUCCGCACAGGUUGCGAGUGAUCGGAACUCUGUCAAAUUCUGAGGAGUUUGCCAAAGUCUUUAGUUGCCCUGCGAACUCACCGAUGAACCCGACUAAAAAGUGCUCAAUAAUGUGAAGUACCUUUGUUUACUGUUAUACACAGUGUGUAAAUAGUUAUACUAGUAGUGCACAUUAGUGUGCCUACGAAUUUAGACUGCAAAAACAUUGAAGGGUCGAUACGGUUGUACGAAUAUAAUUAUUGGCAUGAAGAUAUGAGACAAAAUUAAAUUUUGAGAGUGAGUCUCAGCUGGACAAUAUAUCAUGAAAAUUUGCCAGUAUUUAUUACCGUUUGAUUGAAAUACGUUCUCAAUCUCUAAAUCUCAUCCGCUGCGAUUAAUUUUUACAAGAUACCGGCCAAAUUUUAUUUUGUUUUAAUAAUAGGUGAUAUUUUUAGAAUUGUUUGACCAAAAUGUAACUAGAUUUUGUUCAACUUUAUCAGAGUUCAAUGAAAAUUAUACAUAAAUGACCAGAGUUAGACGAAUAUGAAAUCAAAUUCUAGAAUAGGCACAUCUGAAAAAGUGAUGAAAAGGUAGAAUGAGCCAGAGUCGAAUGGUCGAUCAUAUUCCAAAUGCCAUUCUGCCAAAUUAUGUAGUUUCAAAAAUGUUACAAGUAAGUGUAUCCGUUCAAAACUGAAGUUUUAGCCGAUUCCUUCUUUAUAGUGACAAAGCAUUGCUUAAAAAUCCAUAAGACGAGGUGUCCUUUCAUGUGGUGUUUUCAGCUCAGGAACACUCAAUUACUAAAAUUAGCAAGUCAUUCGUUCCGAUUGCAGUUCAAAAUUUCUGAUAUGAUCAUGCCAAAAAAUACCGUAUUCGUCGCUGCUGCAUAAAAAACUGCUAAAGUUCAGGGUCUCAAGAUAGAAUAUUAUUUUAUGUCAGCAGCACAAUUUGUCCUCCAUUUUAAUGUACGUAAAAAAAUCGACUCUAAGUUUGGCAGACUGCCCCGCCGAAUCGACCGCAUUGAUAUUCAUAAUAAAUUUAAAAUGAAGAAAACGUGAUGUUAUACGCUUGCAAAUAUUGCCACUAAGCCGCUUAUGCCAUGAGUUACGCAUCUUUUCCACUAAUUUGAGCGCAUUCUACUCGUCCUGUCUUAAUGGCAGUUUGAAGUAUUACGUAACACUCUUUAUCAGAUUUUUACCCCCUCCCUCUUUGUAACGCACCCGUAAUGGCACCCGUAACGCAGCCGUACGCUCCUCCCUUUUGAAAUAUGUGACGCUGGCCUGAACCGCCCCCCCUUCGAAAAGAUUCAGUCAGUGAGUGCGAGAUGUUCAAUUUUUCGCACUUUUUUCAACCCCCCUCCCCCCUCUGCUCGGAUUUGUUACGUAACGCGGGGCUUGACUCCCUCCCACUUAUAACGCACCGUAACGCUGGCUCAACCCCCUUCUCCUCAAGGUGCGUAACGUAAUACCUGAACAGCCCCUUAAACUAAUACGAGUAAGGAGCGCGCUCCUAUCAAGACCUUGAUAACCACCAUUACAUUAAAUUGGGGAGUUAGGACACCUUUAGAUGGUCACCGAUCUCAAUUGGCGGGGGCAAGUGCGAAUUAUUUUGUUGAGCUAGUGAAGAGGAGGGAAUUGUGUAUUAGCUGAGCGAACCAUGAGUUGAGAAAAUUCGAGUCACAUCGCGAAGAGAUUACUGUGAACUCGCCGCUUUUGGCAAUUUCGCAAACUUUCGUGAGACCCAAGUGAAUAGAAUCUUGUGAUGUUCCCAUGAACUUUGAGGUAAUCGAUUUAUUUUCCUUUUCUCUGCCCCAAGACUUCGUCUCAGAGUACUCGUAUGUGCCUACAACUGUAAUGCAGAUGAAACUGAUAAGCGAUCAAAUAAAUGUUUAUGUCGGUUGAAUUAAGCACGAAUCGUUUUAAAACGGAAGAAGCAGUGUUUGAUUUUGAUCGAACUAAUAAGGCUAAAAUUUUUACGAUGGAUGGAAAAGGCAGUGACGAUUCUAAAUUAUAAGUCACGAUGGAUUUUAUCGCAAUUCAUUCACCUGCAGAAGCAGUAUUCACGUUAUUUGUAAAUAUUUUCAAAAUUGUUUAGCUUUUUUAACCUGCUGUGAUAUAAAGUUAAGGACACUCAGAGCAGUGAUAAUUUAUAAUCUUAGGAUAUUGGACGGU